AAAAGCUAUUCCAAGGAGGCUACGAGUGGGCAGAAGCCGCGCGUCAGUCGAGGCUACUUCAAUCCAGCCGAUGCUGUUUCGCUCAAGGACCAGCAUGUGCUGUCUGCAGAGACCAACCUUAAAGAGCAAGGACACGCUGCUGGUAGCAGUCCGUUUGUUGGCGAUGAAGAUCCACAGGACAUCAACAUGGAGCGGAUACAGGUUCGAAGUGGAGGACUGGAGACAGCACCACCGGCGAGUCCUCGGAUUAGCGUGCAGCAGAUGGGGCCAAUUGUGAGUAAUUCGGUCGAUAUUGAGUCUUCCUACGUCCACUUCACCUCCGCGAAAUCUGGGAAGGAUAGAAGCAGCUAUAGAGGGAGCAUUGCGUCAAUAAAUGGCAUUGAUUUCGAGCCAAACGCAGCACCAUUGCGUUUGAGUACCGGGACUGUUGCAACGGUUUUCUCCUCGCCAAGAGGCAGAGACAGUGAUUUGCCCGGUUUUUCUUUUUUCAUGCCAAGCAGGACGUCACAGGGCGUUCGGAUUGCUGACGGAGGUAUAAUGGUUUCGGAUUCUGAGAUGUCCAGUGCAUCGCAUGUGCCGCCUGAAGCUACGCCGUCAAGCCCACCAGUAGGCGUGGGAAUGCGGCACUCAUCUAGUACCGAUUUCAACUUUUCCACGCAAGAUGCUGCUGCUCGUCGUGUUGAAAACGGGAAGCAGAACAAGGUCAAAAACUUGAAUUCCUCUUUCCGCUCGAAAAAUAAUCGUCAGACCGUCAAUUUUCGACGAGUGGAUGAGGAAGAAGAAGAACUAGUGGAAUUUUACGACAAUGGAGCAGUCGGAAACGUGCAAGAGCUUGCCAAUUUGUACGAUCGAAGUUCUGCUCGAGGAGUAACUGAGAGGAAAACAACAAGUUACAUUGCUAGGAGGAGCACCGCAACAAGAGCGACAAGGAGUGACAGGAGGAGCGUAGCUGCAUCCAGAGCUUCCGACCGUGGCAAGAACAACGCAGCACAGGGGCUUUUUGGGCAGAACUGGUUUUGCUGGUAUCCUGAAGGUGAGGACUUGGUUGACCAACACGCGAACUCGAAG